UUGGCUCACAAUGUCGUAGCGCCAUUACGUUUUUAUGCAGUGGCUAGAGGAUUAAAAUUUCGGUACUUCAUAUUCAUUAAACCACGAAAAUGUUCUUCGGUCGUCUUUUGAAGCUGUUGAAAGGCUCAACAAUGGGUAUAUUGUGCCUGCAGUUUUAAAUUUCUGCAUGUCCCUCUCCGGGCAGAACCUUAAAGUACCCUGAAGAUUCGACUCCUGGAUCUCCAGUCUGCAUGAUCCAAGCUUGGACUUCUCCUUGCCUCCUUCAACCAAUUAGAUGGUUGGCCAGACGAGAGGCACCUGUUCAUCUACACUGCCACCACUUUUGUCAAGAUCAUUCCGGUGAAGAAGUUCAUGGUCGCAUGAGCUAUAGGAAUAUGACAAACUUACGGAAGUUCAUAGAUAUUGGGGCCAAUUUGUUAGAUCCUAUGUAUCAGGGGAUUUAUCAUGGAUCUCGGAAACAUCAGCCUGACUUGGAUAUGGUUCUAGAGAGAAGUUGGAAGAAUGAUUUGUCGAGAAUUAUCAUUACUGCUGGCAGUCUUGAGGAGAGCAGAAAAGCUCUUGCACUUUCCAGAACUGACUCAAGGUUAUUUACCACAAUUGGAGUUCAUCCAACUCGUUGCAAUGUAUUUGAAGAACGUGGCGACUCCGAGGAGUACUUAAAGUCAAUGACAGCUCUAGCAUCGGAUAAUCUUGAUAAGAUCAUCGCGAUUGGAGAAAUGGGUCUGGACUACGAUCGUUUAAAUUUUUGCUCGAAGGAUACGCAGAAGAAGUAUUUUGAAAUGCAACUCGCUCUGUGUUCGAGUCUGGGACUACCAAUGUUUCUGCACUGCCGAAAUGCCUCUGAAGACUUUAUUAAUAUACUCAGGAAACACAAGGGAGAGCUUACGGAAGGGGUAGUGCACUCCUUCGAUGGCAAUCCAGAGGAGGCUAAUAGUAUUUUGCAAUUAGGAUUAUAUAUUGGCAUCAAUGGCUGCUCGCUCAAAACGGAGGAUAAUUUAUUUUCAGUAACAACAAUACCAUCAGAUAAAUUAAUGAUUGAAACAGACAGUCCCUGGUGUGAAAUCCGGCCUUCUCAUGCCUCAGCCAAAGAUAUAAUAACACAAUUUCCCUCAGUUAAAAAAGAGAAAUGGCAGUCCGAUAAAAUGGUCAAGGGAAGGAAUGAACCUUCUACGAUAGUGCAAAUACUUGAAGUCUUGGCGCGGCUAAGGGACGAAGAGGAAGAAUAUCUCUGCAACCAAAUAUACAAAAACUCUAUGAAGGUUUUUUUCCCGUACGAAUUGUAACAAUUUAUUCCCCUCUGAUUAGCAUCCACUUUGUGCACUUGAAUUAUUCAUUGAAUAAGCCGAAAUCAACAUGCUCCAGAUCUCGAGGAGCUGUCUAGUUUUGAAAGAGAAAAAAAUCAGGAAAAUUGUCUUACCUAAGAAAUAUAAACAAUAAUUUUAUACUGGAGGAAAGGGAGAGGAAUUGUAGAAAUCUUUCGCCCAACUUAAUGGUGGAAACAUGAUAAAGAAAAAAAAUUAUAUAUUCUUGUUAACAAUUAACAUCAUCCCUUUGUGGUUAUCGUAAUACGUGCAAUGAUUAUCUUUGUUUAUCAGUAUGAUUGACUGAUAAUCGAUAAUGUACUCUCACAACUUUUUUACUAUGUAUAAUGCUCAUAAAUUUUGCAAUACCUCCCUUUUCCCUUUACCUCGAUAAGUGAAAGGAGCAGCUACAGGGACUGGAGUCCUUAGUGUGCACAUUCACUGGGAAUAAUGAAGGUUCCAGGUUUGCCUUCUUCAAAAAAGUUUGGGAUAGUGGUACGCAAUUUUUUACGUUUGCACCAAAAUUAAUGCCAUUGCCAUUUUAUUAAAUUUAUCUUGUGUUUUGUUUUAUCAUUCUGCAAAUAAGUCGAAAAAUCGGCAAUGAAUUGAAAUCGUUUCACUUACCGUUUAAAACACUCGUUUGGAUUUGAUGGUGAUCUUGUUGGAAGGUAGAAACGGUCGGAUCAUUAAUUUUGGAAUUAUAAUCUUAAACAGCAUGUAAUCAGGGCUUAUUCGGGAUCUUUUUUUGAUCGUGUGUUUUUUCGGCUUUGUUAUGAAAAUAGUUACAUGCAAUUUCAGUUUUUCAUUUUGUAGCCGUCUUCCUUUAAAUUUUGUAUAAUAAGGGAAUCGCCAUCGAUUAUCGACAAGGAGUUAUAUACUUGUGGUCUGAAAGGUCAGAGAAUUUGAUAGAAAUCUCCCUGGACGCCGUGAAAAGUAAAGUCGAUAAAUAGUACGUAUGAGAAAUAUGCAAGUGUAUGAAAAUGGAAAAUUUCAACGCAGUUGCAAUGCAAUGCACCAUUUCUGCAUUUACAAGUUCACAUAUAUUUUUAAUACUCUCAACGAAGACUGUGGAAAAUGUCAUUUAUUAAAUAAUCUUCAUCCUCGAAUAAUACUCUUCCUUAUCUCUAUACUCUCAAAAAAGAAAAUACACAUUUAUUUAAAAAUAUACAAGAACCAUUAAUUUUUAUUUAUAGUGGGGGAGGGGGAGACGGAAUGGAAGAAAGAACAGUUGAGGUUUUGGGGUAAUUGCUCUUCCAUUUACUCGCCCUCACUUCAUUCGCUACAAUUGUAUACCAGAGUGACUCAAUAUAACAAAAGAAAAUAAUAAUUUAUCCAUAUUUAUUUUACUGUUUUUAGUCAUUAGUUCACGGUCAUGAAAGGGGCACCAUUCUAAUAACACGAGAUAUUUCAUGAGACACUAUAAAUUUUUCUGUUCUUUGAAAUAUCACAGGUAAAAUGGUUGUCGCAAUGAUCCCAGAGAUAUACAUAUUCAAUUGAUUGAACAAUUAGUCGUUAUUUCUAUAAAUUCAAUUAAAUGCAGAAACAUAAGAUGAGUUUUUACUACAUUUUUAUGUUUUUUUCUCUCCUCAAAUGUCUAGUAUUAGAUUUUUCAACGGCUUCUUCUCACCAUCUGCACAUCCACACACAAGUUUUCAUUAUUAUUUUCUUGCACUUUUGGCUGUUUAUCGGACCUUUGAGAGAGUUUGAACUUUAUCGUACACCCAAUCGUAAGUUUGGGACGCGUAUUCUUGAGUUGAAUCCACUGCUUUCCACGCGUAACCCCUAAUAUUCUCUGGACUCCAAUUUCCU